AUGGUCGAAGGAUCAUCUAUAAAAAGUCAUGGGGUUAAGAUGCUAUCCCUAGUGGAGAAGCUCAAAGACCUCAAAGUUGGGCUUGACAAUGACACGUACAUUGACAUGAUCCUUCAGUCACUUCCUCCGUCUUACGACCUGUUUAUUAUUAACUACAACAUGAACGUACUUGAGAAGUUUAUUCAUAAGUUAACAAAUAUGAUGGACCAAUACGAGGCGACGACGCACAAGUCUAAACUGGUGGUACUAGUAGGAGAGGCUUCAACCUCCAAAAUGAAAGGCAAGAGAGCCAAACGCUGGAAGAGGAAGAAGGGGAAGGGAAAAGUUAUCGCAGCUACUGGUAGCGCUCCGAGCACUCCUACGGUCCCAUGGGAAUGGGCAAAGUGA